AUGAAAAAUAAAGAAGAUUUAUUACAAACUCCAUUACUAAAUGAUCAUCAUCAUCAAGAAGAGAAUGAUUAUUAUUCUCAUUCAAAAUCAAUACAGAAUAAAAAUAAUAAUAAAAUAAAUAUUAUAAUUUUAGGAUUAUGUUUUUGUAUAUUAUUUUCAGCAUUUUCUCCGACACAAAUUUUACAAACAACAAUUAAUCAAAAUUUGGGAUAUUAUACAUUGGCUGUAUUAUAUUCAUCUUUAUCAAUUUCAAAUUUUAUAUCACCAUUUAUUGUUUCAAAAUUUGGUGAAAAAAUAUCAUUAAUUAUAGGAACAUUAUCAUAUGCUAUAUAUAUUGGAUCAAAUAUUUAUGUUACUCAACCAUCAUUAUAUAUUUCAUCAAUUUUAGUUGGAUUUGGCGGUGCAAUAUUAUGGAAUGCACAAGGUUCAUUAAUAAUUAAAUAUUCAACAGAAGAAACUAUUGGCGCUAAUACAGGUUUAUUUUUUGCAUUAUUUCAAACAGAUCAAAUCAUUGGAAAUAUAGGAUCAGCAACAUUAAUUAAUAAAGCUGGACUUUCAAAUAGCAUCUUAUUUACUAUUUUUAUGGGAAUUUCUUUAAUGCCGAUUAUCGGAUUUUUAUUUUUAAAAUGUCCAAUUACUCCUAAAAUUAAAAAAACUAUUAAAUCAAUAAAUAUUCAAGAUGAAGAAACAAAAGGAAAUCAAGAAAAUCAUGACGAUGAUGAUUUAUCUAUAAAAAAUAUUUUUAAAUCUAUAAUUAUUCUAUUUAAAGAUAAACCAAUUCAAUUAUUAAUUCCAUCAUUGCUUUAUAGUGGUAUAAGUCAAACUUUUUUUUUUGGUGUAUUUCCAUCUUUAAUUGGUGUUGAAUGGGUUGGUUAUGUUAUGAGUGUUUUUGGAUUUUUUGAUGCAUUAUCAAGUUUUAUUUUAGGUAAAUUAUCAUUUAAAAUUGGUAGAAAAAUUUUAAUUUUAAUUUCAACAAUUUCUUCUAUCAUUGGUACAGUUUUGAUUAUUUUAGUUAAUCAAUCAAAAAUAAUAUAUUUCUCAAUUAAUAAUAAUAAUAAUUAUGGUGAAUAUAAAAUACUUUGUUAUUUUAUUGGUAGUGCAUUAUUAGGAUUUUCAGAUGCGGGUUUCAAUACUCAAUUAUAUUCUUUACUUGGUGUACUUUAUCCAACAAAUGGUGAAGCUGCUGUUGGUGUUUUCAAAUUUGUUCAAUCAACUGCAACUGCUGUUGCUUUUAUAUAUGGUCCAUAUGCUUCAUUAUUUGAAAAUGUCUUUGUUUUAGAUUGUUUAGUAAUCAUUUCUUGUGUAUUUUUCAUUUUCGCUGAUAAUUUUUCAAAAAGUGUUUAA